AGAAACUACAACAACCAAGAGCAUUGCGGGAAGGAGUGGACCCAGGUUUUGCGAGAGUUGCCGGGAUUUUAAGGUUCAGAACUUCAUGGGAGGUGAAGGUUUCUUUGAUGUGCCAACUUUUGAAUUGGUCCCUCAGCCUCUUCUAUAGUCAUGUCUUCAGAGAACACCUUGGAUGACGAGGACACAUUCAAGAUCCUGAUUUCCACAGAUAUUCAUCUUGGUUACCUUGAGAAGGACGCUAUCCGUGGAAAUGACUCCUACAACACACUGGAUGAAAUCCUGGAAUGUGCCAAGAAAAAUCAGGUAGAUUUCAUCCUGCUGGGUGGGGAUUUGUUUCAUGAGAAUAAACCGUCAAGAAGAUGCCUCCAUAGCUGCAUCUCUAUGUUGAGGAAAUACUGCAUGGGAGACUCCCCUGUGACCUUCAAUAUCCUCAGCGAUCAAACCGUUAACUUCAACACAACCCAGUUCCCCUGGGUGAACUAUCAGGAUGAAAACCUGAACAUUUCCAUCCCUGUGUUCAGUAUUCAUGGCAACCAUGAUGAUCCAACUGGGGCGGAAGGUUUGUGUGCAUUGGACCUCCUAAGCGCUUCUGGUCUUGUCAACCAUUUUGGGCACUCUCACUCUGUGGAGAGGAUUGAGAUCAGUCCAAUCCUCUUGCAGAAAGGUAGCACCAAGUUGGCCCUCUAUGGUCUCGGUUCUAUCCCAGAUGAGCGCCUGUACAGGAUGUUUGUCAACAACCAGGUUACAAUGCUUCGACCCAAAGAAGAUCAAGAUGAGUGGUUUAACCUCUUUGCAAUCCACCAAAACAGGAGUAAACACGGUCCCACCAACUAUAUCCCUGAGCAGUUUCUGGAUGAUUUUAUUGACCUGGUGGUGUGGGGCCAUGAACAUGAGUGUUUGAUAGCUCCAACUAGAAAUGAACAACAGCUUUUCUAUGUGACUCAGCCAGGAAGCUCUGUAGCCACAUCCCUGUCACCUGGAGAAGCUGCCAAAAAGCAUAUAGGGCUGCUUAGAGUGAAAGGUCGUAAGAUGAACCUGCAGAAGAUCCCGUUAAAGACAGUCCGCCAGUUUUUCAUUCAGGAUGUCGUGUUGGCUGACUAUGAGGACCUCUUCACACCUGAUACUCCACAGGUUGUGAAGAAAGUGGAGAACCUUUGCUAUGCUAAGGUCUCAGAAAUGUUAGAAGAAGCCGAGAGGGAAAGACUGGGCUGUCCACUCACACCAGAGAAACCUUUAAUCCGACUGAGGGUGGACUACAGUGGAGGUUUUGAAACAUUCAACACCUCUCGUUUCAGUCAGAAGUUUGUGGACCGUGUUGCUAACCCAAAAGACAUAAUUCACUUCCUGAGAAAGCGAGAGCAGAAGGAGAACAUCAAAGAUGAGUUCAACGUUGACUACAGCAAGCUAGUGAAACCAGCGGCUGUAGAGGGACUGCGAGUGGAGGACCUGGUUAAACAAUACUUUGAAGCAGCUGAGCAGAAGGUGCAGUUGUCCCUGCUUACCGAGCAGGGCAUGGGUAAAGCUAUUCAGGAGUUUGUGGACAAAGACGAGAAGGAUGCCAUCGAGGAGCUCAUCACCUACCAGUUAGAGAAGACACAACGGCACCUUCAGAGCAGAGCUGUGUCCACAGAGCAAGAUAUCGACGCAGAGAUUCAGAAAUUUAGAGACUCCAAAAAGAACACGACUGAAGAAGAGAAUGACAUCAGAGAAGCUAUUAGCAGAGCCAGAGCUCAUCGGUUGGAGCGUGGUGACCUGGAUUUAUCAGAUGAGCCUGCAGAUGUUGCCAUGGACUCCGAUGAGGGUUCGGUAGCACUUCCUGCUCCAACACGAGGCAGAGGACGAGGAGGCAGAGCGCGUGGGGGUCGUGGCAGGGGCAGAGGAGCCACAGCAGCAGAACCAAAGCCAGCUGGUCGGGGGCGUUCUCAGAAAUCAGCACCAGCAUCUCAAAGCAGAAGUAUAUUUCAGGCUUUUCAGGCUUCAUCCCAAAGAUCUCGCGUUGGAGGAUCCUCUUCUUCUGCUAUUGAUGAGGUGAUCAUCGAUGACUCAGAUGAAGAUAUACCUGUAAUGAAAGCUACCAGGCCACCUUCAAGACCAUCUGUGACGUCAACAUCAUCCUUCCCAAAGUACAGUUCUCAAAGCCAGAGCCAGACUUCUCGAGGAGUUGCUUUUGAUGACAGCGAUGAGGAGGACAACCCGUUCAAAGGCCACAGCCGUGGUUCAAGAAGAUAACCACAUCAGUCAUGCUUCAUUACUAUAGCUUGGUUUCAGGCAAAUAUUUGAUGUCCUCCUGCAAUGAUUAAUUGAAUUUGUCAACUAAAGCUGCAUGGGAUUCAUUUUGAUAAGUUAGAAGAGGCAGAGGAGAUUAGAAAAUGUAAAGUUUGCACUGUCUGAUCUGCUUUCUACCACUUGAAGGGUUCUUGUUGUAAAUCGGUUCUUUUUUCCACUGUUCUAUCUAAAACAUUCUAAAAUAAAGAUUUUUCAUAUGUGA